AUGCUCUGGAAUGAUGGAAAUGAGGGAAUGUCCACAAUACCUGGAUUUAGUCAGAUCCAAUUUGAGGGAUUUUGUAGGUUUAUUAAUGAGGGCUUGACGGAAGAAUUUCAUAAGUUUCCGAAAAUUGAAGACACAGAUCAAGAAAUUGAAUUUAAAUUAUUUGUAGAAAGAUAUCAAUUGGUGGAACCCUUGAUAAACGAAAGAAAUGCUGUGUAUGAAUCACUCACAUAUUCUUCUGAAUUAUAUGUACCCGCGGGAUUAAUUUGGAAAACCGGUAGAGAUAUGCAAGAAGAAACCAUUUUUAUUGGAAACAUUCCAAUAAUGAAUUCUUUGGGAACCUUUAUAGUAAAUGGAAUAUACAGAAUUGUGAUCAAUCAAAUAUUGCAAAGUCCUGGUAUUUACUACCGUUCAGAAUUGGACCAUAACGGAAUUUCUGUCUAUACCAGCACCAUAAUAUCAGAUUGGGGAGGGAGAUCAGAAUUAGAGAUUGAUAGAAAAUCAAGGAUAUGGGCCCGUGUGAGUAGGAAACAAAAAAUAUCUAUUCUAGUUCUAUCGUCGGCUAUGGGUUCGAAUCUAAGAGAAAUUCUGGAUAAUGUUUGUUACCCUGAAAUUUUCUUGUCUUUCCUUAAUCUGAAUGAUAAGGAGAAAAAAAAGAUUGGGUCAAAAGAAAGUGCUAUUUUGGAAUUUUAUCAACAAUUUGCUUGUGUAGGCGGGGAUCCGAUAUUUUCUGAGUCCUUAUGUAAGGAAUUACAAAAGAAAUUUUUUCAACAAAGAUGUGAAUUAGGAAGGAUUGGUCGACGAAAUAUGAACCGUAGACUGAAUCUUGAUAUACCUCAGAACAAUACAUUUUUGUUACCACGAGAUGUAUUGGCUGCUGUGGAUCAUUUGAUCGGAAUGAAAUUUGGAAUGGGUACACUUGAUGAUAUGAAUCACUUGAAAAAUAAACGUAUUCGUUCUAUAGCGGACUUGUUACAGGAUCAAUUUGGACUGGCUCUUGUUCGUUUAGAAAAUGCAGUUCGAGGAACUAUAUCUGGAGCAAUUCGUCAUAAAUUGAUACCGACUCCUCAAAAUUUGGUAACUUCAACUUCAUUAACAACCACUUAUGAAUCGUUUUUUGGCCUACAUCCUUUAUCUCAAGUUUUGGAUCGAACUAAUCCAUUGACACAAAUUGUUCAUGGGCGAAAAUUGAGUUAUUUGGGUCCUGGAGGAUUGACGGGUAAAACUGCUAGUUUUCGGAUACGAGAUAUUCAUCCUAGCCACUACGGACGUAUUUGUCCAAUUGAUACGUCCGAAGGAAUCAAUGUUGGACUUAUUGGAUCCUUAGCCAUUCAUGUGAGGAUUGGCCAUUGGGGAUCCAUAAAGAGUCCGUUUUAUGAAAUAUCUGAAAGAUCAAAAAAGGAGGCACAGAUAGUUUAUUUAUCACCAAAUAGAGAUGAAUAUUAUAGGGUAGCAGCUGGAAAUUCUUUGGCCUUGAAUCAGAGUAUUCAGGAAGAACAGGUUGUUCCAGCUCGAUACCGUCAAGAGUUCCUGACUAUUGCAUGGGAACAGAUUCAUCUUAGAAGUAUUUUUCCCUUCCAAUAUUUUUCUAUUGGAGCUUCUCUCAUUCCUUUUAUCGAGCAUAAUGAUGCGAAUCGGGCUUUAAUGAGUUCUAAUAUGCAGCGCCAAGCAGUUCCGCUUUCUCAGUCCGAGAGGUGCAUUGUUGGAACUGGACUGGAACGUCAAACGGCUCUAGAUUCGGGGGUUUCCGCUAUAGCCGAACACGAGGGAAAGAUCAUUUAUACUGAUCCUCACAAGAUUAUUUUUGCAAGUAAUGGAGACACUACUAUAAGUAUUCCAUUAGUUAUCUGUCAACGUUCCAACAAAAAUACUUGUAUGCAUCAAAAACCUCAGGUUUCGCGAGGUAAAUGCAUUAAAAAGGGACAAAUUUUAGCGGACGGUGCGGCUACAGUUGGUGGAGAACUCACUUUAGGAAAAAACGUAUUAGUAGCUUAUAUGCCAUGGGAAGGUUACAAUUUUGAAGACGCAGUACUAAUUAGUGAACGUUUGGUAUAUGAAGAUAUUUAUACUUCUUUUCACAUCCGGAAAUAUGAAAUUCAGACUCAUAUGACAAGCCAAGGACCUGAAAGAAUCACUAGGGAAAUACCACAUCUAGAGGCUCAUUUACUCCGCAAUUUAGACAGAAAUGGAGUUGUGAUGCUGGGAUCUUGGGUAGAAACAGGUGAUAUUUUAGUAGGAAAAUUAAGGCCUCAGACGGCAAACGAAUCCUCAUAUGCUCCAGAGGAUAGAUUAUUAAGAGCCAUUCUUGGAAUUCAGGUAUCCACUGCAAAAGAAACUUCUCUAAAACUACCUAUAGGCGGAAGAGGGCGCGUUAUUGACGUGAGAUGGAUCCGGAAAAAGGGGGGUUCCAGUUAUAAUUUAGAAAUGAUUCGUGUAUAUAUUUCACAGAAACGUGAAAUCAAAGUAGGUGAUAAAGUAGCUGGAAGACAUGGGAAUAAAGGUAUCAUUUCCAAAAUUUUGCCUAGACAAGAUAUGCCUUAUUUGCAAGAUGGAACACCUGUUGAUAUGGUCUUCAACCCAUUAGGAGUACCAUCACGAAUGAAUGUGGGACAGAUAUUUGAAUGUUCGCUCGGGUUAGCGGGAGAUCUGUUAAAAAGACAUUAUAGAAUAGCAUCUUUUGAUGAGAGAUAUGAGCAAGAGGCUUCGAGAAAGCUAGUGUUUUCUGAAUUAUAUGAAGCCAGUAAGCAAACAAAAAAUCCAUGGGUAUUUGAACCGGAAUAUCCGGGAAAAAGCAGAAUAUUUGAUGGAAGAACAGGAAAUCCUUUCGAACAACCUGUCUUAAUAGGAAAGUCCUAUAUUUUAAAAUUAAUUCAUCAAGUUGAUGAUAAAAUCCAUGGACGUUCUAGUGGACAUUACGCACUUGUUACACAACAACCCCUUAGAGGAAGGGCAAAGCAAGGGGGACAACGAGUAGGAGAAAUGGAAGUUUGGGCUUUAGAGGGAUUUGGUGUUGCUCAUAUUUUACAAGAGAUGCUUACUUAUAAAUCUGAUCAUAUUAGAGCUCGUCAAGAAGUACUUGGUGCUACGAUCAUUGGAGGAAGAGUAUCUAACCCAGAAGAUGCUCCAGAAUCUUUUCGAUUGCUCGUUCGAGAACUACGAUCUUUAGCUAUAGAACUGAAUCAUUUCCUUGUAUCUGAGAAGAACUUCCAGAUUAAUAGGAAGGAAGCUUGA